AUGGUGAACGUGUGCGUUGUUGGUGCUGCCGGCGGCAUUGGGCAGCCGCUGUCACUGCUGCUGGUGCGCCAGCUGCCGCACGGGAGCACGUUGUCGCUGUUUGACGUUGUGGGCGCUGCCGGCGUCGCAGCGGACCUGUCCCACGUGGACAACGCCGGUGUGCAGGUGAAGUUUGCGGCGGGCAAGAUUGGCCAGAAGCGCGACCCUGCGCUGGCGGAGCUUGCGAAGGGCGUGGAUGUGUUUGUGAUGGUGGCUGGCGUGCCACGGAAGCCGGGCAUGACGCGCGACGAUCUGUUCAAGAUCAACGCUGGUAUCGUCCUGGACCUUGUGCUGACGUGCGCGUCGUCGAGCCCAAAGGCGGUGUUCUGCAUUGUGACGAACCCUGUGAACAGCACGGUCGCGAUCGCGGCAGAGGCGCUGAAGAGCCUUGGCGUAUACGACAGAAACCGGCUGCUUGGUGUGUCGCUGCUGGACGGACUGCGCGCGACGUGCUUCAUCAACGAGGCGCGCAAGCCUUUAGUGGUGAGGCAGGUGCCAGUUGUUGGCGGGCACAGCGACACAACGAUUGUGCCGCUGUUCCACCAGCUGUUGGGACCGUUGCCGGAGCAGGCGAUGCUGGACAAGAUCAUAAAGCGCGUGCAGGUUGCAGGCACAGAGGUGGUAAAGGCGAAGGCGGGGCGCGGGUCUGCAACGCUGUCGAUGGCAGAGGCUGGCGCGCGGUUCGUGCUGAAGGUUGUGGAGGGCCUGACCGGCACUGGUAAGCCGCUGAUGUACGCAUACGUGGACACGGACGGGCAGCAGGAAACGCCGUUCCUCGCGAUCCCAGUGGUGCUGGGCGUGAAUGGAAUCGAGAAGCGCCUGCCGAUUGGUCCGCUGCACUCGACAGAGGAAAAGCUGCUGAAGGAGGCACUGCCAGUGAUCAAGAAGAAUAUCGCGAAGGGCAACGAAUUCGCGCGCUCAAACCUGUAA